AUGAUUAGUGGCACUUGUAAGCUUCUGGCCAUCACGGCCAUUUCGUCCGUACUCGGGUAUUGCGUUUACUUCGACAAAAAACGCCGCACCGAUCCCGACUACAAGCGGAAGCUGCACGCCCGUCGCCGCAAGGCGAUGCUGGCCAAGGAGCAGCAGCAGCGUGCGGCCACCACCGAACCAUCGACGGCACAGGUGGCACAGACACCCGCCCAGGCACUGCGCGGCCUCGUGAAGACCAACACCGAGCAAUACUUUCUGGAGCAGAUCCACCUGGGGGAGCAUCGGCUGAUGAUCGGCGACAUUGAUGCUGGCAUCACGCACAUGGUGAACGCCACCAGCGUGUGCACCCACCAGGAGACGUUCCUGCAGAUGCUGGAGAGCACCCUGCCCGUGGAGAUCUUCAGCAUGUUCCUGGCCAAGUUGCAGCACGCCGAGCAGACGCGCAGCUACACCAACAGCAUCCUGCCCCAUGUGCUGUCGUCCCGCACUGGCAUAGCUUGGUAA